AUGCAGUAUUCCAGGACUCUCAGCAGUGGUAACAAGAUCCCAGCGCCGUGGCAGCUACAACUGCGGAGAAUGCUCAAGUCCACGUAUUGGGAUCUCUUCACAGGCGUCACGAUCAUCAUCGACGUGGCGUUCACCUGCCUUGACAUUGAUUUGAGGGCGGUGGGAGGUGUCUCGCCGCUGUGGUUAGAGCUCGGCUCCGGCCUUUGCCUCUGCAUCUACGCUUUGGAGCUUGGGGCCGUCUUCGCGGUGCGCCGAUGUGCAGUUCUCAAAGAACCCUGGACACUUCUGGACAUCCUCAUUGUUGGAUCCGGAGUUCUGCAGCUCACGCUUAAGUUUGUCGGCGUGUCCUUAGACAGCGUGGCAGUGCUGCGACCGCUGCGUGUGGUGCGCAUCAUGAGGCUGUUCCGUCUCUUCCGGAAGUUUAGCAUGCUCAAAGAGCUUCGCAAGCUUAUCUCCAUGACAGCAUCCUGUUUCAAGACGCUUUGCUGGAGUUUCCUGUUCUGUUUUAUUGUGAUGACUUCCUGGGCGAUGCUGGCGGUGGAGAUGUUGCAGCCUGUUAUACCUUCUCUGGUGGAGGAUAAUUGGCAGGAAUGUGGCGACUUCUGUUCGAACUCUUUGAACUCUGUUAUGAAUGCCAACCUCCUGAUAUUCAAGACAGUUAUCGCCGGAGACAGCUGGGGUGAAGUGGCGGUACCGGUGAUACAGGAGUUUCCCCUUGCCAUCGUGAUUUUCAUGGGUUCGCAUCUCACCAUUGUCUUUGGUGUCCUCAAUCUCGUGGUUGCUGUGGUGGUGGACACAUUCGCCGAGCAACGUACGAAAGAUGUGACGAACAUGGCAAUCGAGAUGGAGGAGAACGAAGAAGAAGAUUUGAGGAAAUUAGACAAGAUGUUUGCCGAGAUCGACGGGGACGGUGAUGGCGAGUUGACUCUUCAAGAGCUUGUAGACGGAGCUCGAAGAGUCCGAGAGUUCCAAAACCGACUUCGAGUCAUGGACAUAGAUCAGGCUGACCUGGAGCAGCUAUUCGGGAUGUUGGACCACGACGGCGGGGGCACCAUCGACCCUGAUGAGUUCAAGGUCACUCUGUCCCGCUGGGCUUUCGAAUCAAAGACGGCUACCCGCUUCGUGCGCUAUACAUUGCAGCAACUCAUGGAUAAUCACCAAACGGCGGCUCAAAAGCUGUCAACUAUGGAAGAGCGAUUGCAAUCUGCUGUCUCUGAAAAUCCACGUGGAGGCCCACCACCUCCAUGUGGCAAGCGUCGGCGGGCGAGAGGUCGUCAUGGGUGCAGGCUUCGCACUUCAGCUCGCCAUUACAGGCAAUCUCUGGCGUUGCCUGCACAACGCAUUCCGAGCAAGACGGAGGCACAUGCGUGGCCAGUUGCUGGUGAUUGCUUCGGGCCUCGAUGUCAUCAGUCAAUGAAACCAGCACAUCUGGGAGAGGUACCGGCUUUCUGCAGCAACGACAGUGCUGCCCAGCCGAUCUGGUCUUAG